CAAAGCUAUAGUCGCCGAUGUAGCCGCUUGCGCCUGCCGUGGUUUGAAAUUCUAGUUCAUUUUGGAAAGUGGAAAAGGGCGCAUUGUAUGUGUAGCUCUAAGUAUUGUUCCAUGUGUGCGUUAAGUGAUCCCAAGUCGUCUCAUUCAAUCACCUAAAUGUCGUGAAAACAGAUAAAUUUCCGGAAGCAAGUGAACACUUCCCUGAUGGCAGCUACUAGAGAGCGCCGUGCCAAUGCUGGCAACAAGCUGGCCCAGCUACUUAACGAUGAAGACGAAGCUGACGACUUCUAUAAAACCACCUACGGAGGCUUCAACGAUGAAGAAGAUGACAAGGAAUACGAAACUGAGAACGAUGAAAGUGAUGUGGUAGACUCCGAUUUCGAUAUUGAUGAACGAGAUGAGCCACUGUCUGACCAGGAUGAUGAAGAUGAAGGCGGCAAACGUCAGCGGAGAGUGGUCACCAAGGCUUAUGUGGAGCCUCUCUCAGAAAAGAAGCGAAAACGGGUUGUGGAGAAGAAGCAGAAAGCCGAGAAACCAGAAAAAAGACGCCGCACACAAAGCUCCAUUGACAAGGAAGACAGCUCAGCAUUUAGUGCUGUUCCAUCUGGUGAGCGCAAGUCGGUGAGGAGGUCCACCCAGGCCAAGAGCCAAGAAACAGAGCGGAGGCGGCAGGCUCACGAGGAGCAACGCAGGCAGCGGCAUACACGAAAGUCUGGCACUGAGCACUCUUGGCACCCGACUCAGGAGGAGCUGCUUGAGGAAGCCAAGCUUACGGAGCAGGAGAACCUGCGCUCUUUAGAGUCUUAUCAAAGGCUCGAGCUGGAAAAGAAAAAGGCAAAGAUUGUCAAGAACACGAAUCGAGGACCCGUGAUACGUUACCACUCCAUCUCGAUGCCGCUGAUCGAAGAAGUGGAAACGGAAGGCCUAGUUGCCUCAACAGCUCGGUGUUCCCGCAAUUUCAUCACAUUCCCCGAUGAAGCCACGAUGAAAGAACAUUUUCCUGGAGGCCGGCCGAAGCCAGCAAACCGCAGCGUGUGUCCCAUCACACGUCUGCCGGCACGCUAUUUCGACCCUGUCACACUGAUCCCUUAUGCCAACCUGCAGGCUUUCCGAGUGCUUCGUGAGGCAUACUAUGCACAGCUGGAGCAGAAAGGGGACAUUCGCCAACCAGAAGUGGCAGCCUGGGUCGAAUGGCGCAAACGGAAUCGGGCCCAAAGAGCAGCGCUUGCCAACGCAAAUAAAGCGGCGGCUGCUGCUGCUGCUGCCGCUGCUGCAACAUGAAAAAAAAAAA